UAGGUACCUUGUUUUAAUGCUCAAAUGUAAGGUCUCACUCUUUCAGCUGAUUGAAAAAACUCUUAUCCCCACAGUAUCCAUCUCAGAGACGACAGCAUCCAUGGCCCUCUGGAAAACAGCAGUAGUUGUGGUGUUGCUGGCCUGUGUGUCCUGGCCACUGGGAGCCACGGAGGACCUCCGCAGCUUCAAGGAGCAGCUCAAGGACUGUCUGGUGGACAAGGACUACCAGGAUCUUCUGAACAUCAGUAUCCAGGGCCUUCCCACUGCCCAGACCCCUCGGCAUGUGGUCAUCGUGGGCGCCGGCAUGGCCGGCCUGACCGCUGCCCAACUGCUGCAGGGCGCGGGACACCAGGUGACGUUGCUAGAGGCUAGCGGGAGGGUGGGGGGAAGGGUGGAAACCUACAGACACCCGACAGACGGCUGGUAUGCUGAACUGGGAGCCAUGAGGAUCCCCAGCUUCCACGACAUUGUGCAUUCCCUCGCCCAGCGGCUGGGUGUGCGGUUAAGUACGUUUGUGAUGGAUGACCCCAACACCUUCUACCUUGUCAAUGGGCAGCUUGUGAAGAUGUACAGGGCAGACAAAAAACCCGCCCUCCUCAAAUACAACACCCCCCAACAUCUGUCGGCUUACCAGCUGCUGGAUCAGGCCUUGCAGACGUUAAAAGACGAUGUGAAAAUUCAUGGAUGUGAGCCUGCCAUUAAGAAAUAUGACAAGUAUUCUGUCAAGGGUUAUUUGGAACAAGUGGCUAACCUGAAUUCUGAGGAGGUAAAGAUGAUAGGAGACCUGCUGAAUGAGAACGGCUGGAUGUACACUGCCCUGACUGAGAUGCUCUACGAACAAGCAGCUAUCAACGACCAAACUAAUUAUACCGAGGUGGUGGAUGGCUCAGAUCGUCUCCCACAAGCCUUGCAUCGCGUCCUGCUUAACCCCGCCCAGCUGAACUCCAAGGUCAAACAAAUCACCCAGUCAGACACUGGCGUUGAUGUUUAUUACCAGAAGGGUAAAGAAUCAGGCUGGACCAAGGUGUCUGCGGACGCAGUCCUCGUCACGACCACAGCCAAGGCGGCCCGCUUCAUAGACUUUGUCCCGCCUCUCACCAACAGUAAGAGGCACGCACUGAGCAGCGUUCACUACGACAGCUCCACCAAGAUCAUCCUCACCUUCAGCAAAAAGUUCUGGGAGGCUGAUGGCAUCAAGGGGGGAAAGAGCAUCACAGACCGCCCCUCUCGCUUCAUCUACUACCCCAGCCACAGCUUCCCUAAGAACCCGGACGUCGGCGUGCUGCUGGCCUCCUACACCUGGUCCGACGAUUCUCUGCUCUUCCAGGGCCUGGGGGAUGAGGAGCUGAAGGAGGUGGCCCUGAACGACCUGGCGCUGAUCCACGGGGAGAAGGUCCGGGACCUGUGCACGGGGGUGGUGGUGAAGAAGUGGACCUCUGACCCCUACAGCCUGGGCGCCUUUGCCAUCUUCACUCCCUACCAGCAUACCGAGAUCGCCUUGGAGCUCUUCCGGUCGCAGGGCAGAGUUCAUUUCGCCGGGGAACACACCGGCUUCACUCAUGCCUGGAUUGAAACAGCCAUGAAGACGGCCAUCCGAGCUGCCUCGAACAUCCACACCCAGCUUCAAGACAGCUUCAAGUCCACCGCUAAAGUAGAGCUCUAACGCCAACACCCAGCUACAAGUCCACCACGAGAGAGCUCUAACCCCAACACCCAGCUACAAGUCCACCACUAGAGAGCUCUAACCCCAACACCCAGCUACAAGUCCACCACUAGAGAGCUCUAACCCCAACACCCAGCUACAAGUCCACCACUAG